AUGAAGCAGGCAGAUCAACGGCCAGGAGGCAAUGCCCCGGGUUUCCUGACCAGACUGGCCAUUCUAGGCAUCGGUAUUGCGCCGACUCUGGUGCCGUCUGUGGCAGCCUCACCUGCAGCUUUUCACCACAGCCGCCAGGCCAAUCCCGCCAACGCGACGGGAGAGUUCCCCAAGCCGGAUGACCCCUUUCAUUUCAUACCUUGCGUUUCAAACGAAACCAUCGAGGGCAUCCCCUUGCUGAACGAUACGAAUCCCCAAGAGACCUGGAGAAAGAGGUUUGACCCCAACCCGGACAACUGGAAAUGGGGGCCGGCGCCUGGCAAUGCGACAACACCUGCUUCCUCCAAUUCCACUCAAGGAAGGGGCCUUCACCUCUGUGGAUACCUGGAUGUGCCCAUGGACUACCUCAACAAGUCGGAUUCGCGAAUUCAUCGCUUGGCCGUUGCCAAGUAUCAAGCCUCUGGGCUCAAGGGGAAGGGUGCUCGAACUAUCGUCAUGAACCCCGGUGGCCCCGGGGGGGAGGGCGUGACCUUUGGCCUUUAUGGGGGCCGCUAUUCGCAGAUACUAAGCAAUGGAGUGCUUGAUUUUUUGGGCUUCGACCCUCGCGGCGUGGGCUUGUCACAGCCCGCCAUUGACUGCUACCCGGCUGCGCUCCAGGACCGUUGGAACUUGGCGGUUGGUAAAGAUCUCAGGGAGUCCCCGUCUCCUCGCCAGCAGUUGGAGCUGGUCAACGCCGUAAAUGACGCCAGGUUCAAGGCCUGCUUUGAGGAACUCGGCGACGUACCGCGAUUUGUCUCGACGGCUUCAGUCGCCCGCGACGUCGAGUCAAUCCGCGUUGCCCUUGGAGAGCCAGAGCUAACGGGAUACAUGGUUAGCUACGGUACUACGCUUGGUCAAAUCUACGCCAACAUGUUCCCAGACAAGGCAGGACGCCUUAUCCUAGAUGGCGUUGACUACUCUAGAGAGCACAGAGUCACGGGGGGGUACGCAUCGACUGCGAUCCACAGCACCACGGAUGCUUGGAACGAGGGUUUCCUAGGAGAAUGUGUCGCCGCCGGCCCUAGUAACUGCGCACUUGCCAAGCCAACGAAUGGCUCCGCGGUCACCUUGGAUAGCUUAAAGGCAAGGAUGGCAAAGCUCCUGGACGGAUUGGCCGAGCGUCCGAUACCAGCUUACGACGAGGAAAAGGGGCCAGUUAUUAUUACAUACAGCCUUAUAAUAGGGGUGAUUGGAGGUGCGCUCUAUCAGCCGAGACAUUGGCCAGAAGUGGCUCAAGCACUCGCGGAUUUGGAAUCUGGCAACACUACACUAGCGGCCUCUAUAGCACACGGGCAAUACGCGUACCAACCACAAGAACCUGAAAAGCCUCUGGGUCUUGCGAGUGAGCUCCUGCCCAUGGUGGUAUGCGGAGACGCAAGCGCCGACGGCCCUCCUGCCAGUGGCCUCGACUUCUGGGAAUCCCUCUGGCGCAACCUGACCGAAAAGAGCUUCCUCACCGGAGGUGGUAAUUUUGCAACCGUGUUUCCGUGCCAAAACUACAACAAGUAUUGGCCCCAAGGCGCAGCGUUGUAUCAGGGCGACUCGAAUAACAAGCUUAAACACCCAGUCUUGCUCAUCGCGGAAACACACGAUCCUGUAACGCCUCUUAGAAACGCUCGCGAGCUUCACAAGGAAAUGGGCAUGGAAAAUGCCAGGCUAGUGGUACACCAUGGGUAUGGGCAUGGUUCUUCGCCCGACCCAUCAGACUGCACCAAUGCUAUUAUCCGUGGAUACCUGCUGAAUGGCACCAUUCCAGACAAGAGAGAGACCGACUGCUACGCCAAUGGGAAGCCGUACCGCAAUUCUACUCGUACAAACCACAAGCGAUCCUUGCCCAUGUUUGGCAACAUACCGAUGAGGCUUCCUCUCUAG